AUGCCGCGGCUAGGGCGUCACAUGAUGACUUCGCACCUGCAUCUCAUCACUAAGAGCUUGAACACGAAUAGUUUUGAGGUAUUCGGCUCACUUGUGUUUGGACCCCCGAUAUCUCACCUCAUGGCGGCUAGCUCACCAGCGAGCGAUCUCGGGCCUGAGCACUUUGUCGCUCUGGAACAAGCCAUAUUGAAUGUUCUAUCUACAAGGCUUGCCUUCGAAACGUUUGCGCAGGUUGUCGAUGGCAUCCCCACCCGUGACGCUUACUUUGAAUACUAUUUACCCACGCCACGACCAGAGUAUUCUCAGAAUCUGAUGCCAAGUAACAAGGCGAGAGAAAUUGUCUGGGAAUAUCUUAGGCGCUUCCAUGUUGGCGGUGUAACGUUUCCCGCCGAUCGUGCACAAGCAUACCAGGAUGCCUCACUCGAGUCAAGUAGUUUCAAGCUGCGCAUGUUCGAACUGGUUGCAAUUGCCUGUCAUAAUAUCGCAGCAGAACUAUACACCAACGCAGGAGGAGGUCUCAGAAAGCCAGCCAGUCCUCCACAACCACCACCUAGCAGAUAA